CAACAGCCUAAUAGCUGAGGCAGUGAGUUCAUUCCCUGUUAGCAUGGCAGCUAACCCGUGGAUCUGAUCAGUCAUCGCCAUUUUGUGCAGAUUUCAUCUGUGAAGUUUAGCAGUGGGAAUCACUGCGCAUGUCCAAUAAUGGCACAUCACGAUGGAUCAAUGUGGGUGAAGCAAUACUAUUCGGAGAGACAGAGCCAUGGAGGACAGCCGCGGGGCCGCCACGGCGGCGGCUGGAACCGCCAGUUCCUCCCGCACUGCGCCCACCACGAGCGCCGACACCGAAUCGGAUCACCACCAUCAGCGUACACAAGCCCAGGUGUACCCAGAACACGGAAGCUGGCUUUGCUGUGUGCCUUGUUAUUGGCUCAGGAGGAACAACAGUGUACACAAAGCGUCUCUCACCGUCGCGACGCUUAUCGUCACAUCUUUACUGGUAGCAUCACCGGUACUGUUCCUUAUCAGCAGCGUCCCAUCACGUGAAGGGGAUCGAAUGCGGGACUGUCAUUACCAGGAUGAUGAGGCCUGCGCUGGAGACGAACCGGUGGACGAGUUCGUGUGUGAGGCUGGACAAUGUCGCCAGGCGGCCGCUCGCAUAUUGGCGUCUAUGAGCUUGAGGGCUGAUCCAUGCCGUGACUUCUACAAGUUCGCGUGCGGCGGAUGGUCAGCAGGGACAGAUGGGCGUCGAGGGAACAUGUCCAGUGGCUUCGGUCAGAACCCGGAGUUAAGCUUCAACACCCUCCAAAAACACGUGGAUCGCGAGAUACAGCAACUCCUGACCCUCUCUACUAGAUCUGGACCGUUUCAGAAAUUAGGGCUGUUCUACAAUAGCUGUCUGAAAACGAGGGACAAGAGAAUAUCAACUGCUCCAAUGUUCGCGCUGUUGAAUGACUUAGGGGGGUACCUGCUGCCCGGAACUCCCCAGCCUCCCGACCUGACGCCCUUGCUGUCUCGCCUUUUGCUGGUCAACGGAGCGCCUCUUUUUGACGUUUACCUGGAACGAGACGUGGUCAACCGCACGCGCCUUGCUGUAUUUCUUGACUUGCCACGCCGCUACGGCCACACAGCGAGGCUCCUGCAUCGGCAAUACCCAGAGGUGUUGAACGGCAUCUUCGACUUCCACAGAACAAUAAGACCGAGCGGCACACGAACCAGACGUAGCCAGAGCAAAGAAAGCAGAGCCUACACAUACAUUAAAGACAGUGCAGAAGAGAAGCGGCUACUGAGCCUGGAGAAAUUGGUACAUAGGUUCCUUCCAAGCAACAUGCCUCCAGAGAUGCGAGCAAAAGAGGCACAGAGUAUCCUUCUGUUCGCAUCCAUGCUCAGUAAGACAUUUCCACGAGAGAAAGAUAUUAUCAAUUCGUUCCAGAGAAGAGAUGGUUAUAAGAGCUACAACCUCUCGGAGCUUCAAGAAACAUUCGGGUUUGUUCAAUGGAAACCACUUAUGGAUGACGUAUUCGCUACCAACUUCACAGAUAAUGAUAUAUUUUAUGUGAUAGAUCCAAACUACUUAAAAGAUCUUCAUCAGAUGCUGACCCACUUUCAGAACAGAGUGAUACAUAAUGCCCUUCUUCUUGUGUUUGCUCGAGACAUCUUGCAUGAGCUGAUAAAUACUACGGCCACACCGGAUUGGUCAGGAUUUUGUACACGUGUUACAAUUAACGUCUUCGCCAAGGCAGUGAGCGCCCUCUAUGUUCGACAGUUUUCACCUCAGUUCCUCGAAGAACUGCGUAAACAGGUGACGGAGAUGUUCACACUACUCAAAGUUACCUUGGAGAUGAGGAUCAGAAAUUUGUCAUGGCUGGACGAGGCGACGCGCAAGGCAGCGCUGCAUAAGCUGGCUAAUCUGCGUGGACAUUUCUUCACGUGGCCUCAACUCUGGAACGAAACGUACGUGGACAGCAUUCUGCAGGAUGUGCAAGUUGAUUCUGAUGACUUCUUCGGAAAUGUGAUUCGCAGAUACAAACAACUGAGGACCACGUCACACAAUUUCCGCGAACAACAGCCAGGUGACCAGAAAUGGGCAUAUCCAUUUGUUGUCAAUGCUUUUUAUGAGCUUACACUCAAUAGUAUAGUGAUACCGCUGGCUGUUCUCACUCAGCCCUAUUUCCGAGCAGACGUCCCUCGCUAUAUUCCCUAUGCAACGAUAGGCGUCAUUUUCUCUCACGAAAUGCUGCACGGCUUUGACCUGAUCGGAAUCAAUUACGACUCGGAGGGCGAGCCCACAGAGUGGUUUUCGCGAGAGUCUCUUCUCCGACUGGAGGCGAGGCUGGAUUGCGUGGCAAGGCAGUACGCAGCCACGUUCAAGAAGAAAGUCAGCUUCAUGGGUGCGAACAUAGAGGUCCAGUUUGACUGGAACCUGACACGGAACGAGAAUAUGGCGGAUAUCAGUGGACUGCAGAUUGCUUAUAAGACAUGGAGUCUUCUUCAGGAAGAACAUGAACCCGACCCACGACUGCCCGGAAUCAAUCUGAAUGCAAGACAGUUAUUCUUUCUAAAUGCAGCGCAGACAUACUGCUCGACUUUGUCACCAGAGGAUUAUGUUCUUCUAGUGGAAAUGGAUUUCCAUACACCUUUUCCAGAACGUGUGAACGGGAUAAUGAUGAAUUCACCAUCGUUUUCUGAAGCAUUUAACUGUCCAAUAGGCUCACCAAUGAAUCCAACUAGAAAAUGCUCCACUUGGUGAGAAAAUGCUGUUGGUCCACUUUUUAAAUUUCCGCGAAAGAAAAGUGUAACUCCAUCAUGAAAAUUAGACAAUAUUAUGAUGGCCAAACUGCCCAGAAAAAACUCCAUCGGUGAUAUUUUGUAAAAGCCGAAUUAUAGUUUUUAGAGUAACGACAAUAUUUUGCCAAAAUAUUUGAUAUAGAAUCAGUAGACUUGUGAUCUGUUAUUCUUAAUAACACGUGGAAAAAUUCGGAUUUAUAAAUUAUUUAUAGUUCUCAGAUUGCUACCAUGGGCGCCGACAAUUUAGGGGGGAUUCCGAUAUCUCCCCUUUCUAGAUUUUCAGAAAUAAUCAACUUUUGAAGAAGGUGAGGAAAUAGAGAAAUAUAAAAAAUUUAAAAACUUAUUUUUUUCUAAAUAUAAAAUAUAAGUUUCUAACCAAAUUUUCCGUUGACUCUCUCUACUUCGGUGCGCACACAAAUGUCAUUAUUAUAAAAGAACUAUACUAUUUCGCAUGAAAUACACAUCAUAUUUCAAUAAGAAAUAUUUUGGUUUGCCAUUUUCACACCACUAGUUCAGUCCUCCUUCAGACAUCUGCACCAGCAAUUCAGAAUUAUAUUUACUGAUUCAUUAGAAUGUGAUCAUUUAUGUUAUUUUCAUCACGAGGUAAAGCACUUGGCGUUCUGUCAUUGUGCCGUAUAUUAUGCAUUUAUAUUCCUAUUUCUAAUUGAGGGAGUCUGGGUUCAGUCCCAGAGCAGUUCUCGUAGGAUCUAUGGUGAAUAAUUUGCCACUAGAGAAAAUUUAUCCAAGUAUCUCGGUUCCUCGGAAGCAGCCUUCAUUCCACAGAGUCUUCUGUCGUCACUGCUGUGAUGCGCGAUAGGCCAGGUCAGCUUGCACGUUAGUACAGCCUGUGUCCUCAGCGGAGGCCUCGCCCCUUGAUUUGGCACUUGGCGCGGUCCAACAAUAACCAGGCUUCUUUCCUUUUUAUUAAAACUUAAGUUCGUUUUCUAAAUUACUAUAAUACUUAUGAUUAUAUGUAUAGUUUUGUUCAUCUGUUCAUGAACAUUUUUACUUUCCUAAAAUCAGCGCGGGUGGCCCAACUAUUCUGAUACUGCUUUAUUCCAUUAUUCGUGAAAUUUAUAUAUGAUGAAUUUUAUAAGAUAAUAUAUUCAUAAAAUAUGUAAAUCUUGAUUAUUUAAUGUGAUAUGGAAAGAGAUGAGUUAUUAAAGUAUUCCGUCGUAACUGGUUUUUGUUAAUGGUUUUCAAUGUCCUGUUAGUUUAGAAAUUUCCACGAUAAACACGAGCAAUAAUUUUAUAAAAGUUUAAGCCUACAAGUGCCAAAUGUGGAAAUUUUCGACCUUUAGAAGAAUUGUUAUAUCUAAGUCCUUGUGAUGUAUGUUGGCAUUUUAUCUGAACUAUAUACUCAAGAAAAAAUUGGAAGGGAUUUUCCUCAUACAUGAAAUUAUUAGAGAGUACAUGUGUAUAUAAACUAUAUUUGUUCUGACAACCUAAAAUAUUAGCUUGGCACAGCAGGAAUUAGAGACGAUCAAAAUAAUCGCAUGGCAUUAUGACAAAACAAUGUUUUGAUGAAUACCGAAGGAAGGAAAAUCACGUAUUCUGGAUUUAAGUUCCUGUUGCUAAACAACUAGUGACGUGACAUUCACUAAUUGACAAAGAAACGCGUGAUACAUUAAAAUCCCUUUUCACACCACAUUUCGAUAAACUCGGUUCGGAGUAGCUGCGAUAGAGCAGCCAUAGCGAAGAGGUCGGCUCGUUGUUAAUCAAUUAGUGUACCAAUUCCACGAACAUAUUUUUUUUAGUUUAAUCAGCAAUCAGCAAUCAGAAUAUACAUCCUAUAGGCUAAUAUUAUGGGUGUUGAGAUGACGUGAUGAGGAGGCGUCCAGCGGCGAAUCCUCAGGAAUUCAAAUCAGGUCAAUUGGCCAGUUUCGUUUGAGCCGUCUGUUGUCUUCUCUUGUCGAUAGCGUCUUUAGAAGUGAAUUUUUGUGAGUUAUGAUUUUGUUGUGACGUCUGUUGCUUUUUUGUUGGAUGACGUCUUGUACGGAAGAUAUACCGAGAUCGGUUUGGAGUGCUGCGUUGGAGACAUACCCUGGUGCGUCGACUAUCAUUCGUAGGAUCUUAGAUUGGCUUCUUUGGAUUAUUGCUGUGUUGGUUUUGCUUGCGCAGCCCCAUAGCUCCAGCCCGUACGUCCAAAUAGGAAUGAUUAUAGUCUUGUAGAUCAGAAUUUUAUUUUCGACUGUUACCUUUGAUUUCCUGCCUAUUAGCCAGUUUAGCUGUUUAAUGGUUAAGUCUACUUGGUUUCGUUUCUUGACUACAUGCUGCUUCCAUGUUAAUUUGCUGUCUAUAGUCAUACAUAGGUAUUUUAUUUCUGCUUUGCGUGGUAUCUGGAUAUCAUUGAUGUAUAUGUCAGGUGUCGGCUUUUUCCGUAGGGUGAAAGUUAUGUAGCAUGUAUGUAUGUGUGUAUGUAUGUCAUAUAGAUACGAUAUUUAUAGUAUAGUAUAUAUUUCAAGAGAAAUAUUUCUAUAAUUGUUGCCAUAUGAGGAAAUUACAGUGGAUUCUUCUGCGCCACAGCAUUUGCCAGAAACUACUCCUAUAAUUUUCAGCAGAAGAUUUUAUAGCGGAGACGGACAGUCAAAAGAUUCUAUAUAAGUUCUAUACCACGUAUUGGAAGGCACUUUUAAGUCAUAAUAUUUAUUAUAUACUUGUCUUCAGAAAGGUUUAGAGAUAAAUAAUGAGUGAUUUAUAAACUCCUAAUGCAUGUUAUGAAAUGAUUUGACAACACCGUCCAGUGUAACUAAUACAUAUUUGUUUAUAUUGUGCCAUUACACGUUUCUGUCAGUUGUGCCCAUAUUCAGAAGGUUAUAACAACAAGGUCACAACUGACCAAAAUAUGUAAAUGUAUUAUAUAAACAAAUAUUUACUGUUACAUUAGACGGUGUUGUGAAAUCAUUUUAUAAUAAUUAACUAAUGUGACGGACCAGAAGGAAUAAAGUUAACCUUAACCUUAAUUACAUGACUCAUGUGUCACUGACUGAAAUGGCUAGUCCUCAGAAAUGUGUGCCAAAGCUUACACCCAACUGCGAAAUAUAUUAAUUGGUUAUUGCACCACGAAUAAUUUUGCUACUAUAGAUUAAAAUCAAUCGAAAUUUUCACCCAUUUAUAUGUAAGAGGACUCACAAGUUGGAACGUAUUUUAGAGCAGUAUUUAAUCAUUCAAAUGCUAUACGAGUAUUUCAAAGUUACGAACAAAGUUCAAAUGUGUUCAUUUUAAUUCUCAUACUGUAUAUUCCAUAGCAGUAAAUUAAGUUUACAAUUAAAAUUAAUUUUAUCAUAUUCUAUUCACUUACAUGUCUUAGAAUAGCUUAAGCUGGUUAGAAAUUUGUAUACUAAUUAGUAUGUUAAGACAAUUAGUUGCAGAAAUACUGACAGAAAUCCUUGGGGAUUUCUUUCUCUAAUAUAUACUAGUCUAUUUAAAUUUCAUGUAAACUGGAGAUUAAGGAUAAUUUGUUGACUUUGUAGUUUUGCAAUUUUAACGUAAUAUAUGUCAGGUCAAGACUUUUAAGUUAAAAUCGACUGUGAAUAUUUACGUCAUCACAAACUCAUACUUGAAGCUUUCACUUCCUUGCAGAAUUUAUUAAUUAGUACAAAAUACUCGUAUUUUUUCCCAGUUUCUACACAAAUUUUAUUUUUCUGUGAAUGCCAUCCUGUCGAUGCCAGGCUAAUUUAAGGUAAUACCUAUAUGUAUGUUAUUGUUUGUAUAUUUUAAAGAUGAAUAUGACGUAACUCUUAUUGCAUUAAAUACUGUUAAGGUAAGCAAGUUCGAAGCUGGAAAUGAUGCAGAUUUGACUGUUGUCAGGAUUAAGCCCUAAGAGCACACACGUGACUAGGAAACGUGGAUUCGUGUGACGUCAUUUACCAUAUUCCUCAAGCUUGUUUCAGUAGACUCACAUAUAACUCCAUUUUUUCUGACUAGUGCUGUCUUUCUAAAAAUCUAUGUGGAUAGGUCAUUCAUUAAGUAGUCAACUUUACAGAUGAAAAUUCUUGUGUGUCCAAUGAAAUCUCUGCCAUGGGGAUACUGUUAUCCAUCUUACGUUGGAAAUAGAAACUUAGUAAGUAUUUUAUUUACGAGGUAACCAUGUACGUCAUUAUCUGUUGAGGCAACGUGUAAGAUGAUUUAGGUAGAGAACAGGAAAUUACAAUUGUUAGUUUAAUGUUAUGAAACUAUGUGAUUUGAGUCACAGUAAUUUGUACAAAUCUUCAAACAACUAUCUCAAAGCUAGAAUAUCAUUUCUAAGUAUAUCAGAGUUAAGAACUCCGAAUUCCAAUUUACUUGCCCAUUUUAAUCGAUUGACUGCUAAAUAUGAACUUUCUUUAAAUUCAUACGAAAAUAUGUACAGCAUUCUAAGAAAACACAUUUGCACGGUCUAGAAACGUUAACUGGAAGAAAAUAUCAAAAAGAUGUAUCAAAUCAUUGGAAAUCUAUUUUUUUCCAGUUCUCGCUUCUCAAUUAAAUAAAUAUUCUAAAAAUCAUCACUUUUAAACUAUAUUAAGAACUACAGUUGUGCGUAUACUCAAUCUGAACAAACAAACAAAAAAUGAUAUAUCCCUGGUUUCUAUCAAUUUCUUGUACAGAACGGAAAUAUUCCUUCCGAAAAGUGUGUCAUUUUCUGAUAGUUCUAACGAGCGAAUAAUGAAGAAAUGUAUACAAAAAUUGAAGAUAAAAUUUCCAUUCUAAUUGAUCUAACAGCCAUAUUCACCCUGGCAUUCCAGAAUUUAGUCCUAACAAUUUAUAAGUCAACAAGAGCCUCUGAAUUCCAAAACGUUAAACAUCAUCUGUUUUGUUUUUGUGUUUUGAUGGAUUUUAAUAAAGAAAUUUAUAUGUUAGUCAGUAUUAUUUUUGAAGUUCUGUGUAAGAAUUCGCAACAUGCUGGCUUCUCACGGUGAGAGAUUGUUGGCCCCUUGUCCUGGAAGACCACAUUAUCAGCCCUCAGCGAUUACGUACUGAAUGUAUUACCACUAUCCUCCUUAUGUGGCUGCUCUCUCCUCUCCAUAUUCACAGAUUAUUUCAGUGGCUGGCUCUUGUGAACAUGGUAAUGAACUUUCGGGUUACCUAAAAGAGCUGAGACCUCUUGACCAGCAGACGGUCUGGUAAUCAUAUUCUCUGUGGAGUUACUCAGUCAGUCAGUUAUUAUUUAGCUUGUUAGUUAGAGUAUUCCUCCGAAACGUCUGUAAAAUCCCACCUCACUACACAGCGUCACAUCCCACAAUGUAACUCCUCAUAUUAAGCGAUAGAAGAACCAUAAAUCUCUCAUAUGCUUCGCUGUUAAUAUAUUUUAUUGAUGCCUUUGAUUCUGCGUAGGAUUUCGAAAAGAUUCUGAAUUUGGGUCUGUUUGUAAUUAAGAUUUCUUUUAUAAAAAUCUACUUGAAAUUUAUAUUCCUAUAGCAAUAUUUCAGAAAUUACCAAAUAUUUGCCUUCUACGAAAAUUAUAACCCAAUAUGCUGAUCAUUAUAAUUUUAAAUAAUUGCAUUACGUAAUUAGUUCACCUCCACAUGAUAAAAUUUGCAGUGGAUGUAUAGUUGAUGAACACGAUUAAUAAUAAACUUAUUCGACAUUCAGCCGACCGUCCUUUGAUCAGUGUUGAGUUUCAAAUAUUUAAUCUUAUUUUAAGGUAAACUUGCUCAAUAAAGUUUUUGAUGCAAAACUUUACAGGAAAUGUUAUACUAUGUGGUGUAUAUUUCAGAAACACUUUAUGUUAUAACGUUAAAAAGAAUAUUGUUUUAAUUUUAGUCAGUUUUUGAGAUGUAGUUCAGAAGUAAAUAUUAAUGUAGUGUAUAGUGUAGAAGUGUAAAUCAUUGUACUUAUGAAUUCCAAAACAAAACAUUUAAUAAUUAAGUACAUAAUAGUAUGUAACUAAUAACUAUGUGGAUUAAAAGUUAUGUAUAAUAAAUUA